UAACGCUUCAAAAGCCAUUCCAAAAAGUGAAUUGACAAGCCAUGACGAAACGUCAGUGUUUUCUGCUGACACUCCUCAAAUUGUCAUCAAUAAAGUGCCUAUGAGGACAAUUUUAACCCCGAAUUCUGACGGCGAGGAGCCUGGUGAUUUUGAAGCAGCGCAAGUUUUGCCAGAAAUCUUCAUCUCCAACCGGGCAUAUACCAACGAUGAACGAGUGGCUCUUUUUUGCGAUCAGAUGAUUCGCAACUGUUCAGCAGAAGAUGCAGGAGAAGCUAUAAGUAGCUACAUAACAGAACAACUUGCCCACAAACGCUCUUUGAUUGCAGUGUGGAAACCCCAUCCAAAUGUCCUAUUUGUAAACUGCGAUAUUGGGGACAUGUCACUCCCGGGUGUGCUUGUCAACGUAAACUUUAUACCAUGUGAAGGGAAAACACCUCCACUUCUAGUGUCUGUUUCUGUGGCAGAACCGUUUUCUUGCAACACUGCCACCCUAUCAAGGGAGUUUUUUGAAGAAGUCUUGAGGGAACAUGACUACUCUGUGCCAAUCUUGGAUGUCUACCCCAUUAAAGGAUUGGGAACUGAUGUAGACAACAUUGCUGAAUCUUUGGAACAUGUCAGGUUUUUCUAUGACUUUCUCUGGAGAGACUGGGAUGAUGAGGAGGAGUGUGACGAGUAUGCCGGGCUGAUUGAGAAACGCAUACAGCUGUACUAUGAUAUUCAGGAUGGAAUCAUUCCGGGUCCAAUCAUUGAGAGAUACUACAAGACCCUAGUGGCGUACCAAAGCAAACGACUGGAAUUGACAAUGUUCCAGACCAACAUCCGUGGGGAGGCCUUACCCAGUGAAGCUGUGGAGUGCUGGAAAAAAUAUUACGAAAUGUUAAUGCUCUGCGGAAUCCUGAAGUUCUGGGAAGACCUGCGACUCAGAAGUCAUGGACCCUUCUGUCCGAGGAUCUAUAAACGCAGAAAGGGACGGAGAACAUCUGGAAAGACUGUGACACAUAUUGUUGCCCAGAUGAUGACAAAAGACAUGAUUAAGAGCUUCUCUGAAGAUGUUCUGAUGCGUCAGCAUGACAAUCUGUCAGCCGCUCUAGACUCCUGCUACUCUGGAGACACAGUGGUGGUCUUCCCAGGGGACUACCACACAGCUGCACUGGCGUCCCUCACCGAUGAUAUUACAAUAAAGGGAGAAGGAGUAAGAAAAGAUGUGCAGAUCCACUCCGCCCCAUCCUACGACCACUUUGUGGCAUCCAAAGCCUCCCAGCUGAUGCUCAUGAACCUGACAUUGGUGCAGCAUGGAACCUGCGGUGGCAUCGUUGUUGUGGAGUCAGGGCAGACGACCCUGGAGAACUGCCUGUUGAAGUGUGAAGGCACAGGAGUGUGCGUCCUGACUGGAGCUUCUUUGGUCAUGAAGAACUGUGAGAUCUCCGGUGCACAGGGUGCAGGUGUGGAGCUGUGCCCUGGAAGCUAUGCAGAGUUACAUCACAAUGAAAUUCAUCACUGCAGCAACCAGCUGGCAAAAGACACAAAAGGCUCACAGGGUGGAAUCAAUCUCAAGGUUCUCCCUCUGCCUCAGCUGAAGCUGUCCAACAACUACAUUCAUGACAACAACGGCUAUGGCUUGACCAUUCUUGUUCCUGACAAUCUGUACAAAGCAAGUAAUGAGGACCUGGAGAAGAAAGCCAAUGGGAACAAGAAUGAGACAGAUCAUCUUUCUAAGGCCCUGCAGGAACUCAGCUUGGAGAUCACCACUAACAGAUUGGAGUCCAACACCAAGGGCGCUAUUGGCUUGCAGCACAAAAUGUGAGCUAAUUCUUGAAUUGAGGAUUGCAGCAUAAAUGUGUUGUACAUGAUUGUUAAACCACAUCACAAACAACUAUCUUUAUAUAAAUGUAGCUGUUGUGCAAGUUUGUUUAUGCACUGGACCAAUAAAACAAUAUGCACUCUAUUUACACAUUGCAAUAAAAAAAAAAAAAAAUGUAAAUGAGGAAAUGGCAGAAGAAAUGU